AUGGCUUGCGCAACGCAGUCCGUGACGCUGGAGUCGUACCCAGACGCCGUGACCACCUCCUAUGUCCUAAAUGCAACUGAGGAGACCCGUUUACUACGAGAUCGCCGACGCAGACACUCGUUUCACACUUCCCGAAAACUAUCAUGCGACUAUGACGGUGAUGCAAUCUUCCUCAGAGUUGAACUCUUUCUGGCGGAAUUAGAACGUCGAAUGCAUUGGCUUGAACAGUACCGAAAGUCGCACAUGGAUCAGAUCGAUUCUAGCCUGCGGAGGGCGUACGCAACACUCGAAGCCGUGAGGGACUCAUGUUCCCACGCCUCUGGAGAACUUAUGGGCAGUGGAAAGAGGCGGGCCACGCUCCUUGUCGAAACCCUGGAGGAACGAUAUAAGGAAGCCUUGGCCACCAAGGAGACGCUGGAGCAGAAGGCUCAGGCCGGUGUCCGCUUGAUGGAGUCUUUCCUCAUUGAGCUGGAGUCUUGCGCUCACACCGUUCGGGAUCGCGGCAUCUACGGUGCUCUGGACGAUGGAUGGAAAGCGAUGGACUCGAAACUUGUCCACGCGGUUGACGAGGGAAUGGAGCGUGCCCGGAGAGCCAAGGAUGUAUUACGCGAGAGCAUCGACAAUGCUAUUCUUCUGGCGCAAGAACAGCGAUUGAUCACUUACGCGGAUCUGCCGCAUCCGUGGAGGAUCAACCCUCACAUUCUACAGGGAUACCGCUUCACUUCGUCCAAGGUGGAGUGUUUGUGGUCGGUCUUCAGCUUUUGCAACGAAACCGUUAAUAUCUGGUCUCACUUGAUCGGCUUGUUCAUCGUCCUCUCUGUGGCCUUUUACUUCUACCCUCUGAAUCCCAAUUUCCACCUGAGCACCAAAACCGACGUCAUGAUCGCCGCCGUGUUUUUCUUUGCUGCGUGCAAGUGUCUGGUCUGCAGUACCCUUUGGCACACCAUGAACAGCAUUGCCAACCAGCCUCUGAUGGAGAGAUUUGCCUGUGUGGAUUAUACUGGCAUCUCGCUUCUGGUGGCAGCCUCCAUUGUGACGACUGAGUACACAGCUUUCUAUUGUGAGCCUGUUUCUCGGUGGACCUACAUCCUCCUGACCAUGUCUCUCGGUAUCGGCGGCGUUGUCCUGCCUUGGCAUCCUACUUUCAACCGUGCUGACAUGGCGUGGGCUCGUGUGGCGUUCUAUGUGACGCUCGCCCUCACUGGAUUCGCGCCACUCUUCCAACUCACAUACACUCGGGGGUUCGUCUGGUGUGUCUACUUCUACGCUCCGAUCGUGAAGAGUGUCCUCGUUUACUUUGCGGGGGCCUGCAUCUACGCAUCGCAGGUACCCGAGCGGUGGAGCCCUGGACUCUUCGACUACUGCGGUGGUAGCCACAACAUCUGGCAUCUGGCAGUACUGGGCGGCAUUCUGUUCCACUACUGUGCGAUGCAGGAUUUGUUCGCUAAUGCCUUUGUGAGAGCUCAGGGUGAAUGUCCUAAUCUCGCAGCAUAA